AUGUACACGACGAGACCGUUAUCUCUUUACAAGAACACCCCGGAAGCCAUAUCUAUACCUCCAGAUGGUCCAAAUUCUGGUUUCUUAGUGCUACAUGAUGAUGAAUCUAGACCAACUAUUUGUUUCGGUUUAUUGCCUAAAUACUUAAACGGAUAUAUUCCAAUAAAAGAUCUGCCUUUCCCUCAAAACAAGCGCCUCUCCAUUUCAUACUCAACGGGUAACAGCACGAGUCAUGAUGAGGUCUACUUGAUUCCUAUAAUCAAUCGGCCACUCUCAGCAAACCGAUACUAUGCAAUCAAAGCAGAUGGGACGCAAAGAGGGAAAGCAUAUGCAAGUUCAAAAGCAGAAGACGAGGGUGUCAGUUGUUGCGUCUUCCCAUACAUACCAGAUGUAAAACCAAGAGCCUUUGAUCCUAAGGACAAAUAUCAGCAAUUUGAGUUCUAUGAGGCAUCUGUAACUCAAGGAUGCCUUACCAGGAAUAUGAUGUUAGCUAAAUCCAUAGAAUUCGAUGGUCACCCUCCCCUUUUCUUGCGUAGAAAAGGAUGGCAUAUUUGCGGCAGGCCUCUGAAAUACCCCACCCUGGAAGAAGCUGGAGGUCUUGACUCUUCGCUUCGAGCUCAACUUCCAGACUUUGAUUUCCCAUCAUCUAAAGAAUGUUCGAAUUCUGUCAUUGUUGGUAAGUGGUAUUGCCCUUUUAUGUUCAUCAAAGAAGGGAGGGAGAAAGAUCAAGUCAAAUAUUCAGUAUUCUACGAGAUGACACUUGAGCAACGAUGGUUGCGCAUCUUUGCUGCUGAUCAGAGGAACUACACUAAUCAGGGAAAGAUAGUCAAAGUCGAUGUGGUGGUUCCAACUGAAAUCGUCAAAAUUGUUGGUCAAGAAGCAGUGCGAGAAGAGAGAAAUGAUGAUAAUGUGGUAAUGUGGUUCAAUAGAAGGGGGACAGGUGUGGGUUUGAGCUCACUGAUUAUAGAAAGAAUGGUGUGGGAAGAAGAAAGAGUUGGAUGGGUUAAAGAGAACGACAAGCGGGUAAGGGUGGUUAAAAAUGAUGAGUAUGUAGGUAUUGGAGACUGGACAAGUUAUGGUUGUUAUUUGCUUGUCGAAACUUUUGUUUUGAAAAGGAAUGAUGGGAGCGUCCUACUGACAUAUGAUUUUAGGCACACUCAUCAUAUACGAAGUAAAUGGGAGUGAUAUCCAUGAUUUACCGACCAUGAUAUUAUAUACUUUGGAAAACCAUACAACGAUAGGAAGUGGAACCAUUGUAAUAAUAUUUCAUCUUCCUUUUUUCUUUCCAGCUGAAUAUUUCUUCUUGUUGCUCCAAAACUUAUUCUGUUGUACAAUAGCUAAAGUAAAGAUUACUAUGUGAUUGUGUGAGGGCAAAGGUUCAAAGGAUUGGUACGAGGAAGAAAAAAAAAAAAGGUGAAGAGUACUGAGAUUACUUUGUAUAUAACGUUUGAUAAAAUAAAAAAAAGUUUGAUAUCUCAUAUUAAGCCGAUGAUAUAU